GAUCAGUCGACGCCGCGCGCUCGCAUCGAACGGAUCGUUGUUGCCUGAGGGACAUACUUUCUCGCUAGACAAACGUGUUAUAUCUACGAUACGCUAUACCGUUCCCUCUCUCGUUCUUCAUACGUGUGCGUAUGCAAAACUCACGCACGCACAGUGUGCGACACAGUGUGACCCGCGCGCGCAGCACUGUUGCACUCCUGAUGCACUUUUUUUUUGAGCGCGCGAUGACGUCGGUAAUCGCGCGAAAUCGUCUCUCGCAUCCUUCGAGCCUUGUGUGACGCGUCUUCCCGUUUUUCGCGUGGAAAGCCGUCGCGAGGGAGAGGAACGCGGGCGCUAGUCGAGAGAGGAAAAGAACACUCGUGCUGGAGCACUCCACAGCCAUCUCGAAAAAUGUCAAGGUGAUCGUCUCUCCCCUUGCGUCUCUCAUCACCUCUGACGUCUCGAGGGAAAAAAAAAAAAAAAAAAAAAACACGCUCGUACAUACGCGCGUGGAAACGUGUGCUUUUUCUCGCGUUGGAUCCGGAUCUCGUCGGUUCGGCGUUUACACGCUCGCCGGUCUCUCGCUCCCAACCCCCCCUUCCCCCUCCACCCUCGCCGAUCGUCGUAUCGCACAGCCCUGGAGCGUGAUCCUCGCCCGAACCAGCAACACGUCCAUCGGUUGAGAGAGCCCCACCAGUCAGAAUGCAUCACACGGCGCCGUGGUAUCUGCCCUGGGGCCUGAAGCUGGUGCCGCUGCCAAUUCCGCCGGGACAUCCGGCCUCCGGUAUCCCGAAUCCCGCUGGUCUACACCUGCUGACGCCUUUACCUGGAAUCUACGCACCGGAGCCGCGUAAGGUCGAUUUGAAACCCUUGCGAGAGGCGGCGGUGGCGGUCCCCGCGCCGAAAAUUACCGAGAAGCGAAAAGCUGAAGAUGCCGAUGCCAGUAAGGAUCUGAAGAAGGCAAAAUUGGAAACGAAAGCACUGAAAGCGAAGAGGCCGGGAUUCACGGACGAGCGGUACAACGAGACCAGUUAUUACGUGGAGCAUGGUCUCCGUAAGGUAUAUCCUUACUACUUUACCUUCACGACAUUCACGAAAGGUCGAUGGGUCGGCGAGAAGAUCCUGGAAGUCUUCGCGAGGGAAUUCCGUGCCCAUCCAGCCGAGGAAUACGAGAGAUGUAUUCGCGCCGGCACCCUGACGGUCAACUAUCAAAAGGUGGACGUCGAUUACAGGUUACGACACAACGAUCUCCUGGCUAACGUUGUCCACAGACACGAGGUGCCUGUCACCUCGGAGCCGAUCACGGUGAUACACAUGGACGAGGACGUCGUCGUGGUCAACAAGCCCGCCUCCAUCCCUGUUCAUCCAUGCGGUCGUUAUCGGCACAACACCGUGGUUUUUAUUCUGGCGAAGGAGUACAAUUUGAAGAAUCUUAGAACUAUUCACAGGCUGGAUCGGUUGACCAGUGGCAUUCUUUUAUUCGGCAGGACGCCGAAGAAGGCAAGGCAGAUGGAGCACCAAAUAAGAAAUCGACAGGUUCACAAACAGUACGUGUGCCGAGUGGAGGGUGAGUUCCCUGAGGAGGAGGUAAUUUGUUCGGAGCCAAUCGAAGUGGUUUCCUACAAGAUCGGCGUCUGCAAGGUCUCCGAGAAAGGCAAAGAUUGCGUCACCCGCUUCAAGCGUCUCAGCUACAAUGGCAAAUCGUCGGUGGUGCUGUGCAAGCCACAGACUGGACGCAUGCACCAGAUCCGCGUCCACCUGCAGUACCUCGGCUAUCCCGUGGUGAAUGAUCCUCUCUACAAUCACGUGGUCUUUGGCCCGCACAAGGGAAAGGGCGGUAAUAUUGGCAAGACCGACGAGGAGCUCGUCCGGGAUCUCAUCAGCAUUCAUAACGCCGAAAAUUGGCUCGGUAUGGAUGGCGAUUCUGACAUGAGCCUGUUCAAGCCGAAACUGGAAUUGGAGGAACGCAUGCUGGGCUCCGGCAAUGACAAGGACAACGGUUCCUCGCCAUCAUCCACCCCGGGUUUGGUCGAGGACGAACAGCAGCAACAACCGCAGCAGCAGCAACAGCAGCAGCAGCAGCAGCAGCAGCCACAACAGGAAUCCCUCAAGGUCACCGUGGGAACGCAGACAGGCUCGGAACCACCAGAUUCCACUUUCGCCAACGACAAGGUCACCGUUGACCCGCACUGUUACGAGUGCAAAGUCAAGUAUAGGGACCCGAAGCCGUCAGAUCUGGUGAUGUAUCUGCACGCGUGGCGUUACUGCGGUCCGGGAUGGGAGUACGAAACGCCGCUACCCGCGUGGGCAGCGAGCGAUUGGACCGGCGACGAUCGAUAGUUCAGACAACGUGAUCGAAGACGAUCCGCGUGGAUUCCUUGGCGAGUAGUCGUCGUCGUUGUCGUUGCCGUCAUCGAGUCUCAAUCCCCUUUUUUGAUAUCCUUACCCCGUGCCUUCCAUCCGCCAAUGAGCGAUUUUGACCAUCGUACGCAAACAAGUAGACGAAUACGCAUACAUAUACACACAGUAGACAAACAGACGUGCAUCCCCCUACAACUUGGCCGUCGGACUUUCCGGGAUGCUGCGGUCCGAGAGAAAUGGAGAUUGCUGGAACAAUCUCACGUCGCUCGAUAUGUACAUUUCUGCAAACUCGUCGUCGAUAUGUUGUCGUAAGCGACAACUUGGCGUUAUCAUGAAGCGAUUCCGACGGAUCAUCGUUUACGCGCAGAAAUUCACGCUCGUUCUCUACGUAAGCGACAAGUAUACCCCCGUCGCGUGCGUUCUCGUUUCGUUAUAUAUUUCUGGCAAAGUCUCACACAAAUCCCUCAUGCGGGCGAUUUUAUGCGGGAAACAAUCCGAGACGCGACGCUAUUAUGCGGAUUAAUCAUAGCGACAAAAGACAACCGUUGUUACCGAUCCUAUUACCGCAAAGCUGUCCCGAUUUCGGGAGCCAGUUAAUAAAUCAGAUUAUCAUUAUUAUUAUUUUUGUCUCGCCGCAGCAAUUUUCUGGGUUUCUCAAUGAUGUUUCCUCCAAGCAAACCUGGAGCGCCUUGUACAAUUACGCAGUAAAUUUACACCGAGAUGUCGUAAUAAGGUGCAAUGUGAUUGUUCCUACGAUCGUUUCUCUCCGCGUAACAGCCGCAAGAAUGUUCUUGCAUGGUCGGUUGAUCGAUGUGGAUCUUAUAAGUCGCAGGACUUCGUUGUCAACUUCCGAAUCAAUCACGAAUAUUGAUUUUUUUGCUAUCAGAAAGAUUAGUAUAUAUUGUGACAAACAAAAGCGAUCUGUGAUUAUAUUACCGCGAUAUUUCUCGAUCAAAAUAUUUGUCGAUCAAAAAUGUUUAACAAUAAAGAUGCAGCCGCACAGCGAAGCGACAAAGAUGAAAGAUAAUUCUAUUUUCAUUUUAAAUUGUGAUAUGAAAAGAUACGAUUAACUGAAUAAUUUUUGUUUAAUUGUAAUACAAGUGAUAUUUCACGCACAGAAAUUGUAUACAAAAAUCAUUUGCGCGAACGCUCUAGUAGACUGAGACAAAUGUAUGUUCUGGAAAACGCGAUAGUCUUGACUGCUUUUAUGAGCAGUAACGGUCAAAAAGUCACUGCCACUGGAACGAGGUACCCCUAACAUGUUAGAGAAGAUUGAUGCAUCUGUCGGAGGUGGCAUGGUAUUCCGAUGGAUCGUAUCAUUCAUCUUGAUUUAUGACGUACACAGAAACGUGGAAAGCCACGCGUCUCUCGUCUAUUUUCUAUGGUCGCGAGAAGUCAUUCGGCUCGCGCGCGACUGUUACUCUCCAAUCUUACGGAACAUUUUGAUUCACGAGAGAUACCGCUUGAUCCGUUUCUCAAAAUUCCAGAACUUUGCAGAAGCAAUGUCUUAUCAUCUAAGAAUAAACGACGGUGCGCGAAGUAGCGGUAGUAUGUGACGUUUCGCACUCGAUCAGCGUUCUCGGGAGACGUUCUCGGUAAAUCACCGUCGUGACUUCGAAUUUGACUUCGAACGGACGGAAGUGAACAGGCGAUAUCGAUUAUAUAUUCGGUAGCAGUGUUGCUUUUGGCAUCAAAUCCACCUCAGUACUUUGGCUUGACAGAAGUCAGGUAUAACUGGGAGAUAAAUUUAUCCUCGACGGCUCCGGCUUUGGAACAAUUUCAACGAAGCCCUGCGAUUUCUGUAUUAUCGUAUAGUGGUUAUGUAUCGCUAAUAUACUUAUUGUGAAAGAUUACUGUAAAUGUCAAACGAGAGGGAAAGAGAAAAUUAUUUAUACAUCGGUCAAUGCUAAUAGGAAACUCUCCGAUGUGGUAUCUUUGUUCAGGGCCGACGAACAUGUGAAUCCUCUACACAUGUGAAUUUGGCACGUUGAAUUUCCACACAUGUCGAGCUACAUGUAACAUUAAAUUUUUACCGAGUAAUUUAUUGGAUUUUUAUUGGUGAUAUUUUAAUAAACAAUGCUGCGCGCUCCAUUGGCUCAUGGCGGAAUCUUUGUUCCUCUG